AUGUGCAAAGAGGAGGUUGUUGCAUUCGAGAUGAAGGACGAAAAUUGGCAAGCUGGCGAGGCCCUACUGCCAGACUCAUUGAACGCUUUCGGCGCUGUACGCUCUCAUAAAUCGCCCGACUUGCGUUACGCCGCUACCGGUUUUUAUGCUGAGAGAGGUGUGGAACUAGCCAUCGCUCAAUCCGCUAACGAGUUCUCUGGGGCGUUCGAUAGAUUGCAAGCACAAGACGGAGGCAUGCUCAUCGCGUAA